AUUGAAGCAUGUUAUCAUAAUCAAGAAAUGAGCUCUAAUUUUAGGUAUACAGUUUAUAGACUACAAUGUGUAAACAGCUAUACGCGUGUUGUAGUACGCCUAGAAGGAAAAUCUGGUUAACUCAGCUGUGGGAUAUGACAGUGCUACUAGCUAGCUAGCUAGCUAGCUACCCUCCUAGAGAACUGAGUUCUGACCAGAGUGAACAAGCAAGCAAGCCAGCUAACCUCGUCGGACUGAUGUUGCUUUUACCGAUCUGUGACAUGUUUUAUUUCUAUACCUCUUCCAAAGACAGCUCGCUCUGUUGUGCGUACUAAGGCCAGUAGACAAGCUUCUGUCUUCGCCGGCCAUGGACGAGGGGACGCUAGUGGCGUCCAUCCAGACGUACAGCGGCCAGCUGCAGCAGGUGGAGGCGGCUCUAGCGGCCGGGCUAGAUCCCGAGCAGCGUGCCGACCUCCUGCAGUUGAGGGGCGACUUGCAGCAGCUGGUGGAGCUGACCGAGUCCAGUCUCCUCAGCCUGAGGAAGAGCCAGCUGCUUGCUAGCCUGGAGGAGCAUACGGAGGCCCUGCAGGGACACACAGAGCAGAGCCAGCUCCUGGCCAACCACCUGGGGGCUGCCAAUACAGAGAGCCAGCAGGGACACACAGAACUUGGCGAGCAUGGCGAUGAGUGUGCCUCGUUCUACUCGGAGUUGACUGGCUUGGGAGGGGACAGCCACUCAUCGGCGCCUGCCAGGGAGGACCACGGAGAGGAGGAGGAGGAGGAGGAGGUAAUUUCUAGCGGGAGUAAAGUACGAGCGCCUUACCGCACCUCCUGGGGGACUCUGGAGUAUCAUAAUGCCAUGGUGAUGGAUGCGGAGCCUGCAGAAGAAGGGGAGGAGCUUGUCCGUGUCCUCUACCUUCACCCCACCCACCGCGCCAUGAAGCCCUGCCCCUUCUACCUAGAAGACAAGUGCCGUUUCCCAGACAACUGCAGGUUCUCUCAUGGGGAGGUGGUGGCGGUGGCCGAGCUCAGAGACUUCCUGGAGGCGGACCUUAGUGAGCUGGAGGAGGGAUCUUCCUGUCUGGCGCGACAUGACGAUGGAGUGUGGUAUCCUGCCAAAAUCACUGAGUUUAAGGGUGGUGUGUACAAGGUGAAGUUUGAUUCGCUGCUGUUGAAGGAGGCGGAGCUGGAAGCAGAUGGGGUGAUCCCACCCAUGCGCACGGAUGAUCCCGUCUCCUCACAAUCUGAGUCUGAGGAAGAUGCAGAUGCAGGCUUUGCUAAAGUGGUCGACAGCGUGGACACUGGCUGGACGGCGGUGAACUGCUCUGAGUUUGGCGGUUGGGAGGUUCACACACGCGGAAUCGGCUCCAGACUUCUCAUGAAGAUGGGCUACGAGCAGGGAAAAGGUCUGGGUAAGGGUCUGGAGGGCCGGGUGGAGCCGGUGCAGGCGGUGGUGGUGCCGCGGGGGGCGGCGGCCCUGGCGGAGUGCGGAGAGCUGACCCGAGCUCUGGCCUCUCGAGCGCGCCGGCCCAAACCCCCGGGCGGCGCCGCCACUGGCCCCAGGAAGCGGCUCAGGAGGAAGCGUGGGGGGGGCGGCGAGCCCAACGUCUUCGACUUCCUCAACGCCAAGCUGGGUCCAGCGCAGGGCCGCUCGUCUGGACCGGCUGCGGCCGCAGCACCGCGCGACGCCUACAGGGGGCGGCAGAGCGACAAGAGGGCCAUGAACGUGCAGCUGUUCCAGGCCACGGAGAGGGUCGCGCAGACCCAGAAGGAGAUCCAGGAGCUCACACACUCACUCAAACGCAAGGCCGGCAGGGACGCUGCGGUGGUCAGUCGUUUGGAGGAGAAGCUGGCUGCGGCUCAGAAGCGUCUCGUUCAGCAGAAAUCUCAGGAGCAGCUCCUCCAAUCACAACGCAAGAGGGCUGAUACACACAAGAACAUGACAGAAUUCUGACCAAUCACAACGCAAGAGGGCUGAUACACACAAGAACAUGACAGAAUUCUGACCAAUCACAACCCAAGAGGGCAGAUACACACAAGAACAUGACAGAAUUCUGACCAAUCACAACGCAAGAGACACAUGCAGGGACAGUGUUCUGACUAAUAAUCUGAGAGGGCCGGCACACAUAUGAACAUCGCAGAGGCCUGUUCAGCCCCCCAACCCCCCCCCCCCCCCCCCCACACACACACACACACACACACACACACACUCUAGAACACAAAGAGAGAGUGGAUGACAGACAUGUCAUCAACACGACAGGGCCAAGGACGUGAUGAUGUUCCGAUACGCGCUCACAAGAACAUUACAGACUUCUGACCACACCCAAGAACACACAUCCCAGUUCUGAGCAGAACCCUCAGAACUCAGAACAUGAUCCAGCCCUACAUCAGCGGUCACGCCAGAGAUCUGAACUCCUAACACGGUCCUUCUGUGUGACUCAUGCUGUGUGUGUGUGUGUGUGUGUGUGUGUGUGGAGGACCAGAGUGUGAGUCUCUCACAGACUACAGAAUGAAGUGGAUUUGUAAGAUGAGCUCUUGGGGCUAUUUUGUGUUUUGGGUUGACCUUUUAGUUUCCAGGGAAAGUGAGAUAUGUUUAUGUUUGUACUUGUAAGUGUUUCUCUUUGUUUAUGUUUUUAUUUUUUAAAACAAAAUAUUAUUAAGAUGAGACCACAUGAGAAUCCCCUGCCUUCACCGUCGUCUGUGAUCUACUGGCACGAGUGUGUAAAACUCCAGUGAAGUCCGGUCCUUUGUAGCCUGCUCUGUAGAACUCUGCUCUGCAGAACUCUGCUCUGUAGAACUCUGCUCUGCUUUGCUGGACUUUUCCCAGACGUCCUUAUCAGCUCCCCGGUCAUAGCUGGAUAGAGCGUCACCCUGAUGAAGCCAUAACGGGGAUCUGUCACUGCCUUGGGGUCCGCGUGGACCUAACGGGGGAUAGGGUUCUGUGCCAGUUAACCUUUUGUCGGUUUUCUUUUUCAUUUUUCAUGUUUACUUUAUGGAAAUUAAAAAUAUCUCAACCUGUC